GGGAACAUAGAGCGAGGGAGAAGCAGCGUCCGUCGCCGCCGCAUGCAAAUGUCUACUUGACAUUGUUCAAAUAGGAUUUCCUAUUCCUAAUAGAUUUAGUUGUAUCUGGACAUUAUGGGAAGCUUCUCUAUGGCCACAUCCGAACCAGAAGAACGGUAAAGAACACUGCUGAAAUAUUCAACGCGGCAUUGGGGAGGGCAGAACAAUGAAGUAGAACUGUUCCUGAGUUUUGAAUCCCUGUCAGGCUGGACUUUGCAUACUGUUGUUUUUAGAGUAACGAUGAUUGGAUUCGAUAUUUUUGACGGGGUAAAUUUUAUCUUAAGGCAAGCAUUUGUUUUCUCUAUAGGCUACAGAGCUUAAUUUUGUCGGGAAAGUAAAUUAACCAUCAAAUCACUGCGCGAGGUAUGCUGAAGUAUUGACUAACAAGCCGUGGUCGGCAUUUGAGACGAAGCACCCAACCUAUAUGCACUACUAUAGAUGAAUGAUUUUAACUGAUACUUAGUAUGCAAUAACAUUAAGUUAUUCGUUGUAUAUUUUCCUCUGUUUAACUUGAAGACUCGGAAGAGGUUUUCAACAUAGUCACACGUCUUUGAACCCAUUAUCAGCAGUGAACGGCUGAUGGUCUCCAAAUGUAUCAAGCCUACCAUGCACCCAGCACAAAUGUGAAUAUUGCUUUGGGUCCGGAAUAAUAUAAUUGUGUGAUUGGUUUCGUGUCAUUGGAAUCAACUCUAGCUGUGACAUUUAAUCAAAAACAUAUUCAUAAAUGAUUUGAAAGAAACAUUAUCAGAGGCUGUGCGUUGCACCGGCGGAGACCUCUUCAGAAGUCGGCAAGUGUGCGAGCCAAGCCAAUACAUCAGAAACGGUUAGUUGCUACCAAGUCGACGCUAUUAGUGAAUUAGACCUGGAAACACCUCUACAUUGGAAACACGGAGCCCUCAACCGGUAGGCUCUUUCAUUGAAGACGCAAUUUAUUUGACGCGUGGUAGUCUAUAAACCACAACAAAACGGAUUCAUGUAACUUUCUUCAACCAUUUGGAAAAUUAGACCGCAUGCUGAUUGUGCCAUGCCUGCCAUUCAAACUAUUACUGGACUAAACACGGAUGACAUGACUUGCAAUCUGCUGUUCAAGUGAAGCACAAUAUUUUUUGUCCAAUCUAUUACACCAACUUUGGACACACAGAAGAACCGUCGGUCGGGAAUCUAUAUUUGAAAAGACCUUCUGAAGAUUUUAUUACAACUGGAUUUACUGGUACAUCUACGAUGUCAAUUGUACGCCCCUGCAGAGGAACUCUGCUGUUCGGCAUAGUCCUAAUUUCCAACGUAUUUGCAGCUAAACUCUCACCGACCAUCUCCGAUGCCCUGUUCAGUGUUCCGGUAGUCACACCCUCUCCCACCCCACCAGACAUCUACCUGCCUGCCAACAUCAAGCUUUCAAACGCCCAGCUGGCAUUCUUUCUUCGCGAGGCCAAGUCUUCGGGGCAGCCCAGUGGCAGCAGUGGUGGCGGCCCUGGUGUCGGACACCCCCUGCAGCGCUCUGAGAGUUUUGUAGUUUUCCAGACCAAGGAGCUUCCGGCAGUCAACAUCACAUUCGGGCCUUUUACUCAGGACCAGACCCUGUCCAAGGAGCUCCUCCAGCCAGCCAGUUCUCUGGACAUUCCCGGGCGGCUGACGGUCAACUGGAAGGUACGGGCGUUCAUCGUCCAGUCCCGCGUGUUUUCCAGCAACCCCACUGUCCAGGUGCUGUUCUACAUUGCCGGACGUGACUGGGACGACUUCAAGGUUCAAGACAAGCUGCCUUGCGUUAGACUCCAUGCCUUCAGGGACGUCCGGGAGAUUAAAACCUCCUGCCGGCUCAAGUGGAACCUGGCCCAGUGUCUAGCCCAGCUGGAGCUUCCCCCCACCUGGUUCAACACCAAUGUGGCGCCCCUGGGCCGGAGAAAAGGCUCCAGUGACGGGCUGGAUUCCCUUACUAGCGAGACCCUGCAGGCGGAGCUGUACUACACCCUCCACGUACCGGAUGGAACAGGGGAGUGUGGGGAGACCUCCGGGCGGCGGGGGGGUUCAAGGGCUGAGCCCCUCACCCAGCAUCCUCUCCUCCGCAUCGGCAGCAUCAGCCUGUACCAGUCGAACCAGGAGCAGCAAGUGGUGGACAAGCAGCUGGACAAGAACAUGUUCCUCAGGCUGCCAGAGAAGCCCCUCAAGCCUGGGGAGACACUCAGCAUCCUCCUCUUCCUGGUGCCCAACUCCACCGUGGAGCUGUUCACCCUCAAGGUGAAGGCAAAGAAAGGGGUGAAUCUCCUACAGACCAAGUCCAAGAAUGCCCAGUGGAAGGUGGACUGGGAAGUGCAGUCCGGGGCCAAGCACUCCAUCACCACCAUCGACGUAAACAAGAACAAAGGGGUGCAACCAGGGAAUUCAUUGGCCAAUAUCGAGGUGAUGCAGCUGGAUUUUGAGAUGGAGAACUUCACCAGCCAAUCUGUGACAAGGAGGAUUAACUGGAACAUUGAUUACCGAGGACAGAACCCGCCUCCGGAUUCAGACAAGGUGGUUACGGAGCUGACAGUGGUCCAAAAGGACAUUCAGGCCGUUAUCCCACUCUCAAUGGACACCGAGAUCAUUAACACCGCUAUACUGACUGGAAGAACCGUGGCCAUCCCAGUCAAGGUGGUCUCCAUAGAGAUGAAUGGGGUUGUCACAGAUGUGUCGUCAUUCGUUGAGUGCAAGUCCUCCAAUGAAGACAUUGUGAAGGUAUCCAUGAAUUGCGACUAUGUUUUUGUCAACGGCAAGGAGACACGGGGCUCAAUGAAUGCCAGAGUCAUCUUUAGCUACGAGCACCUGAGCUCUCCCCUGGAGCUGACUGUGUGGGUGCCCAAGCUGCCCCUCCACCUGGAACUGUCCGACAGCAACCUGAGCUUCAUCAAGGGCUGGAGGGUACCCAUUCUACCCGACCGCAGGAGCACCCGGGACAGCGAAACGGAAGACGACGACGAUGACAAGCGUGUGAGUCGCGGCUGUACCCUGCAGUUCCAACGGGCCGUGGUCAAGGUGCUGACCCAGUUCCACACCACCUCCACUGAAGGGACUCACCAGGUCAUAACCAUGCUGGGGCCCGACUGGCAGGUGGAUGUAACGGACCUGGUACAGGACUCCCUGAAGGUGGCCGACCCCCGGAUAGCGGAGUUGGUGGACCGCACCGUCCUGGUGGGCCUAGAGCUGGGCUCCACCACGCUAAAGGUGGAGUCUCCGCUGGCCGUGGAGGCGGUGCUGGGCGAGACCAGCUUCUCUGUCACCGACGAGAAGGUGUCCAUCCUGGAGCUGCGCGUCCAUGCCAUCUCCAGCCUGGCGCUGGCGCUUCAGCCCAGCCCUGGGAAUAGUCACACAAUGGUCGCUAAGGCAACUGGCCUGCAGACACUCACCGCACCAAAGCAGGAGUCCAGCUUGUCCAUCUGGCUGUACUACAGUGACAGCACUGUCUCCCUUCUGACCUUCUUCGACCCCAAGGACUACAACCUGAACGCCUCCACACAGGACGACAAGGUGGUCAGUGUUUCCCAGGAGUCCCAACAGCGCUGGCCUGUGGUGGUGGCCGAGGGCGAGGGGUCUGGGGAGAUGGUGCGUGUGGAGAUGACCAUCUGCGAGAUGUGCCAAAAGACCAAGCGCAAGAGCGUCAUCGCUGCCGCCCCGGUGUACGUCAAAGUCCGCUUUGGCCCUGAGGAAGACUCAGAGGAAGAUACCGAGACGGAGCCGGCUCCUGUCACUAGGCGGCCGCUGGUUGUUGAUUCCAACGUCGGUGGCGGAGGCUUUGAGCAGCCGGCAAGCGUACCCAUAGACUACACCAACUUCCCCACCAUCAGCAACCAGGAAAGGCCCACGGAGGGGGAGGAGGAGGAGGAUGACGACUUCAUCCACUCGCCUCGCAGUAUGACGGAUUUGGAGAUCGGCAUGUACGCCCUUCUUGGGGUGUUUUGCUUGGCCAUUCUGGUGUUCCUCAUCAACUGCAUUGUGUUUGUCUUGAAAUACCGCCACAAGAGGAUCCCCCCGGAGGGCCAGGCCAACAUGGAUCACUCCCACCACUGGGUGUUUUUAGGUAACGGACAGCCACUUAGAACCCAGAGUGACCUUUCACCCCAGCAGGUGGAGAGCCCCAGUAAUGCUCUUGAGGGAGUACAGACUUGUUGUCACGGUGACCACCACAGCAGUGGCAGCUCCCAGACCAGUGUUCAGAGCCAGGUGCAUGGCCGAGGCGACGGCAGCUCUGGGGGCUCCACGAAGGAGCACGGAGAAGAGGCAAACUCACCCACCUCCAAGCGCAAGAGGGUUAAGUUCACCACAUUUACCACCCUCCCCACGGAGGACAUGCCCUACAACUCGAUCCCCAUAACAGACGAAGAGAACAUUCAGUGGGUGUGCCAGGACAUGGGUUUCCAAGACCCAGAGGAACUGCACGAUUACAUGCGCAGAAUAAAAGAAAUAGCCUGAAGGGGGGGCCCUGUUGUAUCCCUCAGCGCUUUCUAAAAAGACUUAUCCUUUAUAUUUUUCACUUUAGAGGAAGAUAACUUUUCACAAACAAACCAAGGCCAACUUUUGGGUUCAUUUUUCUUUCAUUCUUUGCACAGUGCUGUUUCCUGUAAACCUUUUGAAAUAAACUUGUGGAAAGCCAAAGACUGGACUAGAGGAUUUAAAUCUCUAGGAAAAAUGGCUUUGUAUGCAUGUCCCUUCCAUGCCGGGAGGGGAGUGAACUUUCAAUGGGAAAAACAAAUAAGCAAGCACUACUACUGCAGAUGGAUUUGAAAAGUGGUCCAGCUUUCCCAUUAGGGGGCUUAGUUGCAAGCCUGAUAUAGAAAGGAGUGUUUUCAGUGUGGUGGGUUGGGUAUUGGCUAUGUGUUUGUUGGUUAUCAAAUCUUCAAGUACCUUCCCCAACAAAGAGGCCUUUGAUAUGCAGAUUACCAUUUCAAAGAAACAUUGGUGAGAACCAUGGUUUUAUCAUAGACAACAUGAUGGACACACAAUUGUCAAAAACUCUCAUUAAGAACCAUGUCAUGUUUGGGAUUCAUUUAGUAUUUUCUUUUUGGCCAGGCUAGGGAAACAUUCUUUGAUGGCAGAAUUUUCAUCGUGGUUCUUCUUGGUGCACUACAUUCUAUAAUUUUAAUUCAAGGUCAACAGAAAUGUUGCUACAUUUCUCAAAGUCAGUACCCUACAACUGGUUCAGACUUGUCCUGAUCAAGUUUAAUGCCUUAUCGAUUGGAUUUUACUGGUCAAUACUAAAUACCAUGCAAACACUUUGAUUAGUGGCAGUGCAGAGGGCAACAAUUCAAAAAUGAUUAAACUGGUCAAAGGUCAAGUUACAUCAAAAGAAGACAAGAGUUUGUAUAUUGUAUAUCUUCAAGUUUGAAGAUCUCUAACAUUUGUUGCAUGAAAGGAGAUACCGCGGCACAAUCAGCUAUUUUAUUUCCAAAUUUGUAAGUGUUUGUAUUGUAAUUCUUAUCUAAUCAAACAUAAACAAUACUAAAGGACAUAUGUUAUCAUGCAUUCCAUGCAUGCAGUGUCAGACCUGCCCUAACACCCUUCCUAUUAUGUACAUACCGUGUCAAACUGACGCUCACUUAAAACGCCAGUUAUUCACACUGCUACGGUGGAGGAAAAGCUGUUGAGUAUUGGGAUGUUUCCAACUGUAUUAAUAGAAUUUCUUUGCAGUUUUUACUGAUACUGUCCCAUUGUACACCAAGACCUGAUGAAUAAAACAUAAAAAGCAAAGGAACUCAUCCCACCAAUAAGACUACCCCUCCAUUCAUUUUCAUUCCUUUGUUUCAUGAUCAUCCCAAUGUCAUGAUUUUGAUCACGCACCAUUUAUUUUAUAUGAAGUCACUUUUAAAUGUGUUUUCCCCCCCAGUUAAGUCAAAUAAAUAUUAUAUUUUAAUUCAACAUAGCCAUAGCUGUUGGCCUGAUAGAUACGUGGUUGAUAAGACCAGAGGCUGCAUUGUACAGUAACUGGUUUAAACCAUUACAGAUACACGUACAAAUGUGAAUGCCAUUGCAAUGGAGGUGUGACCAUGCAAACGUUUAACGUUUCUCAGGACUAGUUUGUAAAAAAAAAAGGAGAAUGAUACAAGUUUUGGUUAGUGAAGCUGCACAAAUUAAAAGUAUUACAAAGAGGCUUAGAGCAAACUGAUGCCAUUUGUAGUUGAGGGUGUGUAGAAAUUUUUAUUUGUGUGUUGUGUUUAUAAAGCACUGAACACAGACCAUUAUUCUAAGGUUUUGCUCUACUCUUUUCAGGAGUGAAUAAUAACAUCCAGGAUGAAAAUUAAAAUUCCCUUUUGUUUUUAUACCACAUGGGCUUGGAUUUAAUUGUUUUGGGAACAAAGAUUAUGUCCAAACACCACAGUUAGAGGUUUUUCACCCCUACCCCUACAGUAUCUUACAUACCUGGUAUUUAGCUCCUUUCAUCUCAUUAUGAAAUUGAUUUACUGCACACCAUGUAUGCAUUUUUAUUUUAUACAGUAACUAUACCCCAUUAGACUGUUGUCAAAUAUUUAUGGACACAAUCUUGAAAAUCAUUAACGGGACAAUCCAAGCCCUCACCUCAAUCUUUAUAUUACAAUAGGAUUGAGGUUAUUAGCAGUUCUGACAAAUAUUUUCUUUAAGACCCAAAGUUUAAACUCACAUUUCAACUGAUGGUGUCUCAGGAUGAAUGUAUGAUUCUCAACUGUACUUUGAUCAUCAAAUUGGUAUUUCUUCUCUUGUACAACAGGUACUACCGUGGUCCACUUAAAUUGGUGCCACUGCUUAACGGCAGUGGGUGGAGUUUCUAAUAGCAGCUUUUUAUGAUAUUUGUGUGAUAUAUGGACUAUCCAAGUUGAUUUUGUCUUUCAAAAUAUCACUCAUAACCAUGUCUUCAAAACAUUUUAUGGUUCGCAUCAUUUUUAUACUUUUCCUCCCUCAUGUAUAUAUAUGUAAAUGCAUUUUUGGUAAUGUGACUUUGGUGAAGGUGUGCAUACUGGACAUUCUGUGUUUUCUUCAAGCUGCUACUAGAUACUUGACAUCCUCACAACAUGUUGUUGAAUACUUAAAAAUGUGUGAAAAAUGCCCUGUGAAGGCCAAUAGAAAAGCUGGACUGUUGGCUAUGCAAGGCUGCCACUACACUGAUGAUAAUAUGUUCAUGUACAAAGGCACUGUUCAGUUUCCUGUAUUCUCCUGAAAAAAGCAAAACGCUUGUAUUUCCCUAUCCCUUACAUGUAAAGUACUAAAGAUAAAAUACAAUACAUCAA